UGUGGGAAAGCCGGCAUUGAGACAGACUUUACCUCUUAAUCAUUUCCAAAUUUGGGAAAGAGCAUGCGCACACAGCCUUUGAGAACUAGGAAAGUAGCUGCUGAGUGGACUGUACUGAGUUGCCAGGGAACUGAGUGGAGAUAGGGCUAUGCCAGCUCUUUGGAACCCAGAUCACAACAACAUCGGCAUCAGAGGACUCCAUUUAGAUCAGCAACUGCAACUUCUCCCCAUGGACUCAUCCAAGAAGACAGAGGUGGUUCUCCUGGCCUGUGGUUCUUUUAACCCAAUCACCAACAUGCACCUCAGGCUGUUUGAGCUGGCCAAGGACUAUCUGAACGCUACAGGAGAAUACAAAGUUAUCAAAGGCAUCAUCUCACCAGUCGGUGAUGCAUACAAGAAGAAAGGACUCAUCCCAGCCCACCACCGAAUCAUCAUGGCGGAACUUGCCACCAAGAAUUCACACUGGGUGGAAGUAGACACAUGGGAAAGCCUUCAGAAGGAAUGGGUGGAGACCGUGAAGGUGCUCAGACACCAUCAGGAGAAGCUGGCAACUGGCAGCCGCAGUCACCCGCAAAGCUCACCUGUGCUGGAAAGGCCUGGGCGGAAGAGGAAGUGGGCUGAUCAAAAGCAAGAUUCUAGCCCACAGAAGCCCCAAGAACCCAAACCAACAGGUGUGCCCAGGGUGAAAUUGCUGUGUGGCGCAGACUUGCUGGAGUCCUUCAGCGUCCCCAACUUGUGGAAGAUGGAGGACAUCACGCAAAUCGUGGCCAACUUUGGGCUCAUCUGUGUCACUCGGGCUGGCAGUGACGCUCAGAAAUUCAUCUACGAGUCCGACGUGCUGUGGCGACACCAGAGCAACAUCCACCUGGUGACCGAGUGGAUCACCAAUGACAUCUCAUCCACCAAGAUCCGCCGAGCGCUCAGGAGGGGCCAGAGCAUCCGCUACUUGGUGCCGGACCUCGUCCAAGAGUACAUUGAGGAGCAUGAUCUGUACAACUCUGAGAGCGAAGACCGGAAUGCCGGGGUCACCCUGGCACCUCUACAGAGGAACACCUCGGAGGCCAAACACAACCAUUCCACCCGAUGACACCCCGCAACGUCCGAUGAUCCUCUCCAGGCCCAAAACAAUUGGUGUUAGUAACUCAGGGAAGGACUUGCCAUCCUGUUUUAUAAACUGAAAUUUAAAGGUUUGAUUAAAAAAACCAACAGGGAAUUAAGAUCAGUUACUGAGAUGAAUGUUCUAAAUAAGACCAUAUAAGAAAGAAUGUAAUACACCUUUAAAAUAACAGCUCAUUCACUAAAAUGAGAUGUCAAUGAUGCCCUCUCUAAAUACAUUUUUUCAAGAAAGGACCCUGUGCUGUGCUCUACCACACAAGAGGCCGGAGACAUAGUUCCGAGGUUAAGAGCACAGACUGCCCUUCCAGAGCAUUCAGAUUCAGCUCCCAGCACCUGCAAGGCAGCUCACAACUGUCUGUAACUCCAGUCCCAGGGGAUCCGAUGCCCUCUCUGUCCCCUAUGGGCUGUAGGCCACAAAUGGUGCAUAGACAGACAUACAGGCAAAAGAUACAUACAUACACACACUCACAGAUACACGCACAGAUACACACAGACACAAAAACACACACGCACAGAUACGCAUACAUACACAUACAUACACACACACAUACACACAUACAUACAUACACACAUACACGUAUUCACACACACACACACACACACACACACACACACACACACACACACACACACAAAGAAGAACCUCACUUUAACCAGACUCAGUGAUGGCCACCUACAGCCCCAGCUGCACCAGGAGUUGACGUAGGAGAAUCACUUUGAACCCAGGAGUCUGAGAUGACUCUAGACAACAUGGACCCUUUCUGAAAACAAAAACAAAACAGAAUCCUAGCUCUAGUUAUGAAGAGAGCUGUCCAUGGCUGGCGCCGGCCAUCUUUAUCCAGAGUAGAAGGAAGGAAUUCUUUACGACGUGACCUUGGCUGGGCAUGCAGCUCGGUCGGUAGAGCAUUGGCCCGCAGGCCCGAGGCCCUGGGUUAGAUCCCCAGAGCCACAUCGACUGGGCACGGCAGUGCACACCUGUGAUCCUGGCACUCGGGAGAUUGAAGCAGAAGGAUCAAAAGCUCGAGGUCAUCCUUGACAACCAGCAAGUUUGAGGCCGUCAAGAGAUGCCAAAGACCCCUUCUCUAAAUUAAACAAAUAAAUAAAUGACUCUGUAAAAUGCA